AUGACUCGAACCAUUGUCACGGCACGAAUCGCAAGUUGUUCAAGUAGUGAUAGCGAGACUUCGCACAAGACUGAAAAAGGUCCUCACGCACCCACCUUGAACGCUCUUGCCAACAUGAAUCUGUUGCAGAGAAGAACCGCCGACGUAAGCAACGAUCUCGACUUGUUUGUCUAUGACUCGUCCGACCACGAGCUCGACAGUCAAGCCGGGCUGAGCGAAUCUCGAGGCCGACCAAGAGGGAGUGUCAAGCGCAGAGGAUCACUGCUGAGAAGAAGUCCAGAAGUUGGCCUGGAUCUCAAGUAUCCUCAAAUUCGGAGAGGCAGGAGUGCGGGACCAAAGGCUAAGCUGCUGCACAAGGCCAAGGGAGAAGCCGAGAUCGAGGCCCAGAGGCAGCAGGAAGCCCAGGACGACUAUGAGAUAGCGGACUUCAUCACAGUUCCUCCUCUAUACUCAGCCAAGCGAGACCGUGGGACCAUCCUGCCCGAUCGCCAGGAUCGUCUCGUCUCUUCGACUACUCUGUUGAUCCCUGGCACCCAGCCUUUGCCGUCGAUCUUGCGCAGCCCACAGACUAUCGACGUGGCUGUGGAGACCGUACCUCGGCUCACUUUUGCGCGUAGGCCGAGCAACACAGCAGGGAGCGAUUCUUUAACUCCAUCCCCAAUGCACGCCUCGACUUCGAGGAUGACGGCAAGCCCAGCUUCGCCCAGAGAGACAAGGAGACUGUCCUUCGCCGUCGACUGCACCAAACCAAUCAAAGUCAGGAGGCGGAACAAGUCUGCAACAGAAGUAUCCUAUGGAGCCCUCAGGUCUGAAGGUGAAGCUGUCCACAAGCAGAAGUCUCGUCGUCCUUCGAGUGGCAGUCUUUCCGGUAGCAAUCUCGCCCUAGAUUCGCCCACUAUCAGCAUCGGCAGCUACACUUCCACGGGGCCCUCGACCUCACGCCCUAUGCCGGCCUCAGCAUUGUCACUUCCUUCUCUCAACAUCAACACCCCAAGGAAGAGCAGGUCCGCUUCUGGCAGCCGCUCUCGCUCUGCGUCAUUCUCUUCCCCCUCUCCAAUCUUCUUCCUACCUUUUGCGGGCAAAGCGGCAACUCAAAGCGAGGGGUCAUCCGCAGGGCUGAGCCCCACUCGACUCCUCGCGAGUGCAGCUUCCACAGUCACACUCUGCAAGAUCUGCGCUACAUAUCAUUCGCCUACGAGCCAGAGCAGUACCAAGCAAGCCGGAGAAGACUCCGAGAGCGUCACAACGACCGAUGCCACUUGGUGGGGUGCAACACCACGACGUCGCAGUCUACCCGAAUUGCUCCUGUACGCUGGUGGAGCCAAGAGGGGGAAUGAAGCUCUGAACCAUUUCGAAAGUUCUGGCAAACAAAGUCAUACCCCAACUGCGAGCAGCACAAAGGUUGGAAGUGUCAGGGGCAGAAUCAUGGGAAGGGGAAGGAGCGAGUCGGACACGCGUGCCCUGCUGUGGAGUAUCCAGGCUUCGGCGGGCAAAAUCCUGUGA